UAACCCCGGUGACAAGAGCACAGACAGUUUGAAUGCUCUUAUAGAAAUAGACAAGCUAAAAAAACAACAAUAGCCACGUUUAGGGGUGAUAGAUUAGAAGCUACAGGACACAGGGACAGCCAGAGUUCAGAUGAACUCCACAGGAAAACAGGAGACAGGAGAAACAAGCAAAGCCUCAGGAAGUGUUGGGACCCUUGCUCUGACUGUGUGCUCUGCUGCCAUUGGAGGCACCUUCCAGUACGGCUACAACAUCUCAAUCAUCAAUGCCCCCACCAGCUACAUCCAGGGCUUCAUCAAUGACACGUACCUGGAGCGUUGGGGUACUGGCCUUGACACCCCUCAGGUCACCCUGGUGUGGACCGUAAUUGUGUCAGCCUUCUCGCUGGGAGGUUUGUGUGGGGCCCUACUAGCUGGCCCUAUGGCGGUCAAGUUUGGUCGGAAGAAGUCUCUACUUUUCAACAACCUUUUCCUCUUUGUUGGUGCCGUGCUUGUGCUAACGUCCAAGGCGGCCAAAGCAUUUGAGCUGAUCAUUCUCGCUCGUUUUCUGGUGGGGAUAAAUGCAGGAGUCAGCAUGAAUGUCCAGCCGAUGUACUUCGGAGAAAGUGCUCCCAAACACCUCAGAGGUGCUGUGGCUUUUUCAUCUGCUGUUUUCACGGCAUUUGGGAUUUUCCUGGGUCAGGUAGUGGGGAUCACUGAGCUGCUGGGUACAGAGCCUCUAUGGCCCUACUUACUAGCUAGUAAUGCUUUGCCAGCAAUGAUCCAGCUGGUGACGCUACCCUGGUUCCCUGAAAGUCCCAGAUACCUUCUCAUCGACAGGGGGGAUAGGGAAGCAUGUGUCAAGGCUCUUGGAAGACUUCGUGGCGGGGAGGCUCCUGCCUUGGAGAUGGAGGAGAUGCUUCAGGAGCAGCAGGCAGCCUUAAAUUCAGGUUCUGUGGCUCCUGCCAAGACGCCUUGGACGCUGUUUAAGGAUCGUGACCUACGAUCCCAACUCAGGACGGUCAUGAUUGCCAGCAGCGCGAUGAUGCUUUGCGGAAAUGAUUCCUUCUACUUCUAUGCAUCCUACAUCUUUAUGGAAGCAGGAAUACCUCAGGAGAAAAUUCAAUAUGUCACUAUUGGAACAGGGGCAUCUGAGUUCAUUGCUUCUAUUCUGAGUAACCUCCUGAUCGAACGUGUGGGCCGCAGGUACCUUCUCAUCGGUGGGUACAGUCUAAUGACUUGUUGGGGUAUUGUCUUUACUGUAGCUCUUAGCCUUCAGAGCCGAGGUGUAGCAGGGAUGCCAUACCUCAGCAUGGCGUGCAUGUUCGUCUACAUCCUCAGCUUUGGCCUGGGCCCUGCAGGAGUAACGGGGAUCUUACCAGCUGAGAUCUUUGACCAAGCUUCUCGGCCCGCGGCAUACAUGGUCGCCGGCUCACUUAUGUGGAUCAGCCUGUUCUUGGUGGGGAUGCUGUUCCCCUUCAUUAUGAGCAGCCUAGGAAACUACUGCUUCCUGCCUUUCUUGAUUGUUUGUGUGGUCUCUGCUUUGGUUUUGGGGCUAACCUUGCCAGAGACAAAGGGCAAGAGUCUGGCUGAGAUAACAGCAGAGUUUGAUAGGAGAAAUGGAGGAAAAAAGGUGGAAAGGCCAGGUCGGCAGGCUGAUGAGCCUCUGAAUGAUCACUAUCAACCGGGUAAAGCGUGCUCUUUUACAACCCUCGCAUGUGAUCCUGACUCUGACCAGAAGAAUAGAGCUUGAAAGUUGACCUUGAAAAUAAGGAAAUGAACAGGCUGUGCCUUUGUUGUCCAUUUUAUGCAAUUUCAGUGUUUUAUGUAUAUGCAUACAGUAUUGAUAAAUGUGUAGAUGUGUCCUAUUUAUGAGAAGUGAUCUCUGUGGAACAGACGAUGUACAGUAGAUCUCAAGUGCACUGUACGUAGAAACGCAUGCUGACUGAAAUCCUAGCAUGUAACAGCUUCCUAACAGGAGUAGGACAAGAAAAGGAAAACCAUCAAUGAAACUCUCAAAUGUAUUUAUGUCGUUCCAAUAUCAAAGUGGUAGUCAAGAGGGCCAUUUGCCUUAAACUCAACCGGCCAACUUUUAUUAAAUAUUCAAGCUCUUUAAUGGCAUUGCCUGCAUUUGUAUAGCAGGUAAUCAUUGGAACCGCAUGUUUAAAGGAUUAUCCACUCUAAUUGAACGCUUCUGCCGUGGACAGAUAAGAAUGUUUAUUUACUGUGUAAUCUUUUGUCUAUCCAGCUCAGUGAUUAACGCUCUUCUCAUGCAGUUUUUCUUAAUUCAUCCAUCACUCUUGAGUAUAUGUCCAAUUUAACUAUUUUUUGUUCUACCUCUCUACUUUAUAUGCAUGAGGUUCAGUAGGACAUUUAUUUACACAGCAUAAAAGAACAAUGUGCUUUUUUUGCCCCCGCCCCCCCCUUUCCCAGAAUUAAUGAAGGCAAUGUCUCAAAAACGCCAGCAGAUGUCCUCAUUAACCUCACGCUAUCCACGGCUUGAAAAUGAGGUAAUGUCUCAUGGAAGUGAGCUGAACAUUUCACACCCAGACAAGGAGGACACCCUUAAGCCUGAACAGCUGGCACUUCAAGCCUUCUCUGGCACAUCUGUAUGUCCUUUCAUCCACCCUUGUUGCUUUCAUGCCUAGAACGACUCACACAUGACAUGAGGACGUUGACCCGUUAAUUCCCUUUUUGCUGCACCUGUCGGACUCUGCAAUGAAGCAAUAAGCUUUUUGUGAACGACAAUGUCUUUUUUCAAUGAAUUCUAAUGACAAUCCUCUGUGAAGGUAGAGAUUUAUCAGAAAUCACACUGUAUACUUCUCAGGUUAUAUAUUUAUUUUCGUGAUUGUUUAAAAUGUUGAUUAUUUAAAAAUCAUUGAAAAGUCCUGCUGCCUGUAUGCCAAAUAAAAUGAUG